GCGGUUGCCAUGUAAUAUCCUGGCCGCGCGGGCGCGCGAGGGGCUGAGGCGGCGCUGGGGCGGGCGCGGAGCUGGCGAGAGGGCGGUGGAGGCGGCGCCGAGGGGGCCCGCUGAGGCGCGCGGGGUGUCGGCGGCGCCCGGGAGCUUGUCGCUUGCGCGGUCCCUCCGGUUCGGGCGGGAGCCCUCACGACGGAAGGCAGCAUGUCGGUGGCGGGGCUGAAGAAGCAGUUCUACAAGGCGAGCCAGCUGGUCAGUGAGAAGGUCGGAGGCGCCGAAGGGACCAAGCUCGAUGAGGACUUCAAGGAGAUGGAGAAGAAGGUGGACGUUACCAGCAAGGCUGUGACAGAAGUGCUGGCCAGAACCAUUGAGUACCUGCAGCCCAACCCAGCCUCACGGGCCAAGCUGACGAUGCUCAACACGGUGUCCAAGAUCCGCGGGCAGGUGAAGAACCCUGGCUACCCGCAGUCAGAGGGCCUGCUGGGCGAGUGCAUGAUCCGCCAUGGCAAGGAGCUGGGCGGCGAAUCCAACUUCGGCGACGCCCUGCUGGAUGCGGGGGAGUCCAUGAAGCGCCUGGCAGAGGUGAAAGACUCCCUGGACAUAGAAGUCAAGCAGAAUUUCAUCGACCCCUUGCAGAAUCUGUGCGACAAAGACCUCAAGGAGAUUCAGCACCACCUGAAGAAGCUGGAGGGCCGCCGCCUGGACUUCGACUACAAGAAGAAGCGGCAGGGCAGGAUCCCCGAUGAGGAGCUGCGCCAGGCCCUGGAGAAGUUCGAAGAGUCCAAGGAGGUGGCCGAGACCAGCAUGCACAACCUCCUGGAGACGGAUAUCGAGCAGGUGAGCCAGCUCUCUGCGCUGGUGGAUGCCCAGCUGGACUACCACCGGCAGGCCGUGCAGAUCCUGGACGAGCUGGCCGACAAGCUCAAGCGAAGGAUGCGGGAAGCCUCCUCUCGCCCCAAGCGGGAGUACAAGCCCAAGCCCCGGGAGCCCUUCGACCUUGGGGAGCCCGAGCAGUCCAACGGGGGCUUCCCCUGUGCCACGGCCCCCAAGAUCACAGCUUCGUCUUCCUUCCGAUCUUCUGAGAAGCCCAUCCGGACCCCCAGCAGGAGCAUGCCCCCGCUGGACCAGCCGAGCUGCAAGGCUCUGUACGACUUCGAGCCCGAGAACGCCGGGGAGCUGGGCUUCCACGAGGGUGACGUCAUCACGCUGACCAACCAGAUCGACGAGAACUGGUACGAGGGCAUGCUCCACGGCCAGUCGGGCUUCUUCCCCCUCAGCUACGUGGAGGUGCUGGUGCCCCUGCCUCAGUGACCGCGUCGGCCCCGUCCACGUCGGCCUUCUGCAGCCGGGGCGGCGCCCGCAGGCGCUCCCCGUGGGGGAAGGCGGGCCUCGCUGGGGCAGCAGGGCUGGAUGUCGGGGAGGGGCCCGCUUCCACGAGGGCCCCCCCCACCCCGCGGUCCCCGCUCCAGGCGGCAGUCUGGGGGCCGGGCAGUAUUUUCGCUCCCCGACCCCGCGCCCCGAGGGGGCGAACACUAAGGUGCUCUUAGAAACACUAACUUCCUCCCACGCCUCCAGGAGCGGGUAACUCCAGGUGGGCCCCCUCACUCUCACACGCGCGUGCACACACACACACACACACCCCUCCCCCCCCCCCCCCAGGAGACCUGCCCUGAACAGGAGGAGAUGGGGGUUCUGAGCAGGACCCCUGGCCGACACUCACCACCCUGCUUUUCAAUUCACCCACAACACUCCUUCCCAGCCCCAACUCCAGGGCUCCCCAGGCCCUGGCACACCCGUGGAUGCCACCUCCCUGGGGAGAGAUGAGCCUGGGGUCCUCAGGGUUCCCCUAAGGCCGGCCCUCUCUGAGCAGCCUCUGAGGUGCCGUCGUCUCCCUCCUCCAGUGCCCUCCACCCUGCCCCGCACCCCCUCCUCGCCUCCCAAGUGUAGGGUGCCCCGCCCCAGAUAAGCACACCAGACGAUCCUCUGGCACAAACCGCCACCACCAGCCGUGCCCACGGCACACGUGUGCACCACAGACGGGACCACGGGAGUCUUGUGCCCUCUGUCCUGCAGGUGGUCCCAGACCCCUGGGACCACCCUGAGGAGGGUCACAGGCACCUCCCCAAUCCCAAGCCAGCCACUGUCCCCACCGCUGACAGCGGCCCCAGCCAUCUUCCUACAGACAGACCAAGGCAGGCAGCCGCCCUGACCAACAGAGCCGAGCCCCGCAGCUACUUCCUCUCUUGCCCAACCCAAAAAUUGGCGCAACUAGGGGACCUCGGGACUGGAUCACAUUCCCCUCCUCUGAUGACCUUGCAAAGGCCCCAGGGACCCCUGGCUCUGAGGCCCCCUCAUUGCCAUUACAUGGGGGAAGCACAGACCUCCCAGCAGACAUGAGCAGUGGAACCUGGGCCACAAUCGGCAGAUCGAAAUGUAAUCCUGAUUUUUUUUUUUUUUUUAAAGUAUUAAAUGUCUCUUUCUACA